AGGAGCAGCAGCUCCAGCCUCGGGAUUCACCGCGCCCGCCCGUCACAAUGGGAUGGAAGCGGCCAGGUGGCCCGAACGAGAGGAACACAAAAGGAAACCAAAGAACAGUGUGGUUACAAUGACUAGUAAUGUGGAUAAACGGCCUGCCUGGACUGAAUUUCCCGAAAAGUCAAAUUCCCCUGCUGCCUUCACAAGGAACUUGAAAGAAAAAGAAAGAAGGGAUCUUGGCCUCCAGUGGGACUUGGAUGUGCAGCCGCUCAUCUCCUCUGCUAAAUGGCUACAGCUUCAUGGACUCAAGAGGAACAAGUUGACUUUUUCUCAGAUUUUAUCCCAAAUUGGAUUUCAGCACAAACAAGAUUAUGUGUCCAUCUUGGGAAAACUUGUGGCUUCUCGAUAUGCAAAUGGACUGUAUCAUCAGUACACAGGAGCGCCAGAUGGCAAGCUGUAUAAUCUUACAGCCAAAAAAGAACUCCUGUUCCAUUUUGUGGAUUGUCUGACUGGAACUAUUGAACUGUAUAAACAACGGAUGGAAUGGCUAACAACGGAAAGCCGGCAAAUAUUUGGAGUGAUUCAGGAACAGAUCAUCACCAUUGUCCUGGAUUUUGGUGUUGCUCCCAGAGCUGAGUUUGAUCUGUGUCGAGAGGCACUUUCUAUGAUCCUCAAACAGCAGGUGGCACAAAUUGCCAGAUUUAACCUCAUUUGCGGGGGGCAAGAUCUUGUGAAGUGGCAGGAGAAAGCUGUUCCUGUGACAGAAGACUCUAUAGACGCUGCCAUUGAGUGGCUCUGGAUGAUGGACCACAUGCCAGCUGUUUGCCACAUGGGCCCCACAGAAGCUCUGUUGGAGGCCCUGUCUGAUGAUACGACAGAAGCCGUGUACUAUUUUGCUGUUGGUGAUAUGCCAGAAUGCAUGAAGCAUUUGCUUAUGGAGAAGAUAUCAAGGAGCCCGUGUCCAAUUCAUACUGUAUCUUUCAAUGCGAGAGAGGAAGAAACAGUUACUAUCCUGAAGGAGCUGAGUCAGCUGACCACUGGCAGGUUCCAUGCAUUUGUGGAGAGAACUGAUUAUACAGACAUGGUGCCAACCUCAGUCAGCAGUGAAGAUCAGAGAAAUUUAACAACCUGCAGUUCAAGAAAACUGAAAGGGGGCCUGCCUUUAGGAACAGGUGUCAGAGAAGAUGUCUUCCUCAUCUGGAAAGAGUUGGAGGAAGCCAAGAAUACGCUAAUACACAUUCAGAGAAUUCUGAUAGAGUUUGGAGAGUCUGACUUGGUUACAGCCACCAAAGCCAGCUGUUCACCAUGUGAGUCAAAAGCAAAGGAUUAUAUAAAUUCCAAGGAGUGGCUACAGAAGAACGGCUUGAAAGCACAGAAGCUCACCAUAUCUAAAGCGUUUGGUGACUGUGCUUUUCGUCACAUGGAUGGGAUCGUUGACAUAAAAACUAAGCCAGAUGAUGAGUCUUUGCAAACUGAUGCUGUGACCAACAAAAAGAUCAUCGGUGCAAAAUACUGUGACAAGUUUAUGCAUACAUUUCUGGAAGAUGGUUCCAUUGUCCAUAUACAUUUAAAUGAUGAAAGAUGCAUGCAAUAUGCAGAUCGAAUGAGGAAUGCUCUUGACCAAAUGGAAAAAAGGCUUCAGGAGGUGAAGCAAGGAAGUCGGGCACUCUUUGGGGAAAUAGCAGAAGAUCACAUCUAUAUUCUGGUUGAUACAUCUCACUCUAUGAAAGACAAGCUGCCAGUGGUGAAAGAGAAACUAUUUCAACUCAUACAGGAACAACUGCAAAACAAAACAAAAUUUAACCUCAUUAAAUUUGAUGCUGAUGUAGUCGCUUGGAAAGAGCAACUUGCCAAUGUUAAUAAGCAGAAUUUGGAGAAUGCUUUACUUUGGGUAAAGGAACUUCAGGUUGGAAGUUCUACAAAUACCCUGAAAGCACUUCAGCUUGCCUUUUCUGAUAGUAACACUCAAGCCAUUUAUCUCCUUACUGAUGGGAGACCUGAUCAGCCCCCCAAUACAAUUUUAGCCCAACUAGAACUUAAGAGGAACAUUCCCGUUCAUACUAUUUCCUUUAAUUGUGAUGAUACCAGAGCUAACAAAUUUUUACAUGAGCUGGCCAGUGAGACAGGUGGACGGUUUCAUUACUAUCACAUUCGUUUGAGGGACCCUGAUGCUCCAAAACCUUUUGAGUGUGAGGAUAUAUACCUACUUAAAAAAGAGAUUGAACGAGGAGAAGAAGAACUGAAGAAAAUACAGACCUUUUGCACUGACAAUGUAUUGAUGGAUUUUUUUAAUGGAGCAAAAGUCCUUCAUGAUAAACAUCGCAGGCAGCCUUUCACUGCAACCCCAGUAACCAUGCCAGUUGAGGGACUGAAUCCCCCAUCUCCAGAUAGGCCCUAUUCUGCCUCCGAAGAGCCAGCAUCAGCUCCACCACAGCCUGGUAUGGAUCGAGGUCAGGCACGCUCUGAGAGUCCAGCUAGAAAGAAGAAUGCUUUAUAUGCAGAACAAACAAAGAGUAGUAUGCUUAGGACCCUACGCUUUGCACCAAAGUCUUCUGAACAAAGUCAAAAUGGAAAGGCAUCUCCUGAAAGAAAAGAACGGAAGACAUGCAAAACUGGGAAAAAUAUGGAUAAAGACCCUUUAGAUAUCCCUUCAGCUCAAUGGUUAAAGAAUCAUGGCUUGGUUGCUAGGCGACUCACCAUAAUGGAUGCCUUAGCCCCCACCGCUGUUCCUCGCACCACUAAAUACAUUCCAAUUCUGGACAAACAUGUUGUUUCAAAAGUAUUCGAUGAUGUGUUGCCCUUUGCACACGUGAGCAACGAUAAGAAAUUUGUCACACUGAUUAAUCCUCAGGCAGUGGAUCUUGAUGCUUACAAGAAGAAGCUGGAAGAAGCAAUAAAAAUAUAUGAAAGGCGCCUCAGUCAAAUUAUUUGGAGAGCAUUGCCACAAGAGGAAAAAGAGAAGUUUAAACACGACAAGCCUGUAUCCUAUGUGGACCACAAGGAAUCUUUGCUACAGGGCUUAGAAAAUGCCGGUUGGCCCAUCACCUAUGACGAAGUGAUGUUGUUAGAAGAUGAGAUUCUGACAGGAUUGACUUACCUACAUCAGGCCACUGAACUUCAAGCAGCUUCCAGAGAAGAAGCCCAAAGAAUUUGCCCACUUCAGAUCAAUCCCACUAAAGAGGCCAAGAAAUAUCAGCAGAAAAGAAAAAUGUUUGAUGCUCUCAAAGGCAAAAAGGUCGUUGCAAGAUCUGAAUGCACAGGAUUUUACUACCCAGGGAUAGUAGUAAGAACCAUCACUCCUUUUUAUGCACUUGUAGAUUUUAUUAAAGGGCACACUGAGAUUGUACCACUGAAGUUCAUUAUGCCUGUGGGGGGUGCAAUGCCUUGUCCAUCCUUGCAGGUUGGAGACUAUGUAUUUGUCCGAAUUAGGAAACAGUUGGGAGAUGAACAUUAUGUACCAGGUGUCAUUAUAGCAACACCAAAUAAAGCUGAUUUAGAAGAUAAACUCUAUACAGUUUUGAAAUACAACAACCGAAAGGAACAUUGUGUACGAAAUGGACUUAUUAAAAUCAGUCAGCGAAGAUAUACUUGCUCCUGCUGCUACAUAAACAUGACCCGAAUGAUGGAUCACCUCAUACCUAACGUAAAAGUUGUAAAGCAAUUGCACAGAGAAUGUCCAGUAAGCAAGAAAGAGAGAAACACACUAUCAGUAGGAGUGGACUGGAAGAAGAGCAGAAAAGGAAGAGCUAAGAACAAGAAGAAGCAUUAUAAAGAAUUAGCUUCAUCUGAUUCUGAUGAGAUUUUGUUUGUCCCCAGAAGAAUAGUGAAACGGAGAGAAAAUAGUUCAUCGCCACCUCCUCAUAUUAAAGAAGGAAGUACAGCAUCUUACUGUGGCUCACCUUACCGCCCCUUUCCACGGGGUAGAAAGCAACGGCUGCCUACAAACUCAUCCGAGUUCAGGCCCCUCAAGGGUCUCCGUCGCCCUCACAGAGCUUCUAUGCGGCAGCAGAGUGCCCCUCAGCUUGUUAGCAAUGCCUUCAGCAGCAGCAGCAGCGGCAGCGGCAGCAGCAACAGUAACGAUGGGCCCCUUUCAAGCAUUGAGAAGGUGGAAGAGUUGGCAAGACGUCUGCAGCAGUACCAUAUAGCUCAAAGGAAAGGCCACCCUGCCAGCUGCAAAUAAAAAGCAGUACUAGCAAUGAACAGGGCGAAUGUGGAGUAAGUUGCCAGUUCUGAAACUAUUAUAUGCACACUAAAUAAACCAUUUAAUUUGAUACUAAACUUUUAAUAUCAGUAUUAAACACCAUCACAAGGUCUUUGUAAGAUCAUUUAAAACCUGGUCGUGUGGUAAAAACUACAUGACUUAUACCAACGUGGAGUAAAUAAUCACUUUGGCAUGUACCCCAUAGAUUGUUACAGUCCUUCUGUUGUCCUCCCUGCUAUUGUCAUUAUUGUUGCCAUCAUCACCAUCAU